UUACCUUUUAUGGCUAGAGCCGGGCACGAGCAGCGGUAUAAAAGCGAGCGCCCGGCUCUCCCACUUCACUUUGAGCUCCUCCACACGCAGCUAGUGCGGAAUAUCAUCUGCCCAACCAAUUUUUUUUCUUAAGCCGACAAACCCCAAACCUUAAGUUCAGCCAUGGAUGAUGAAAUUGCCGCACUGGUUGUUGACAACGGAUCCGGUAUGUGCAAGGCUGGAUUCGCUGGAGAUGAUGCUCCCCGUGCUGUCUUCCCAUCCAUUGUGGGUCGCCCAAGACACCAGGGUGUGAUGGUUGGUAUGGGACAGAAGGACAGCUAUGUUGGUGAUGAGGCCCAGAGCAAAAGAGGUAUCCUGACCCUGAAGUACCCCAUUGAGCACGGUAUUGUCACCAACUGGGAUGAUAUGGAGAAGAUCUGGCAUCAUACCUUCUACAACGAGCUGCGUGUUGCCCCCGAGGAGCACCCCGUCCUGCUUACCGAGGCUCCCCUGAACCCCAAAGCCAACAGGGAAAAGAUGACCCAGAUCAUGUUCGAGACCUUCAACACCCCAGCCAUGUACGUUGCCAUCCAGGCCGUGCUGUCCCUGUACGCCUCCGGUCGUACCACUGGUAUUGUGAUGGACUCUGGUGAUGGUGUGACCCACACUGUGCCCAUCUACGAGGGUUACGCCCUUCCCCAUGCCAUCCUCCGUCUGGACCUGGCUGGCCGUGACCUGACUGACUACCUCAUGAAGAUCCUGACCGAGAGAGGCUACAGCUUCACUACCACAGCCGAGAGAGAAAUUGUCCGUGACAUCAAGGAGAAGCUCUGCUACGUCGCCCUCGACUUCGAGCAGGAGAUGGGCACCGCUGCCUCUUCCUCCUCUCUGGAGAAGAGCUACGAGCUGCCUGACGGACAGGUCAUCACCAUUGGCAAUGAGAGGUUCAGGUGUCCCGAGGCUCUCUUCCAGCCAUCUUUCCUGGGUAUGGAGUCCUGUGGAAUCCAUGAGACCACCUUCAACUCCAUCAUGAAGUGCGAUGUGGAUAUCCGUAAGGAUCUGUAUGCCAACACUGUACUGUCUGGUGGUACCACCAUGUACCCUGGCAUUGCAGACAGGAUGCAGAAGGAAAUCACAUCCCUGGCCCCUAGCACAAUGAAAAUUAAGAUCAUUGCCCCACCUGAGCGUAAAUACUCUGUCUGGAUCGGAGGCUCCAUCCUGGCCUCCCUGUCCACCUUCCAGCAGAUGUGGAUCAGCAAGCAGGAGUACGAUGAGUCUGGACCCUCCAUCGUCCACCGCAAAUGCUUCUAAACAGACUGUUACCACUUCACGCCGACUCAAUCUGCGCAGAGAAAUACCUGAAACGACAACAUUGGCAUGGCUUUUGUUAUUUUUGGCGCUUGACUCAGGAUCUAAAAACUGGAACGGUGAAGGUGACGGCAAUGUUUUUGGCAAAUAAGCAUCCCCGAAGUUCUACAAUGCAUCUGAGGACUCAAGUACUUUUUGGGUUGUUUUUUGUUUUGUUUUUUUUUUGGGUUCCUUUUUAGUCAUUCCAAAUGUUUGUUAAAUGCAUUGUUCAGAAACUUAUUUGCCUCUAUGAAGGCUGCCCAGUAAUUGGGAGCAUACUUAACAUUGUAGUAUUGCUUGUAUGUAAAUUAUGUAACAGAAAACAACAUCUGGGUUUUUGUACUUUCAGCCUUAAUCUUGGUCCUUUUGUUUUCUUUGUGUUACAAAAUGGAAAUACAAAGCUUUACCUUUAUUCAAAAUGUAAAGGUUCAUUCCCCUUGGGCAAAUGUAAACGCUGUAUGGAACAUGGUGGUGCCAGACACUUGGUGGGGCCAACCUGUACACUGACUAAUUCAAUUCCAAUAAAAGUGCACAUGUGUUAGAUGACA